AUCAGCGCUGGCUCGGAUUUAACAACACCUCCAAACCUUAAACUCCGACGCCCCGCCUCUUUCCACAUACGGCCACCCCGCCAUCACCACUCCAAUGCUGCAUCAACGGUCAAAAGAGCAGCUGCCAGCUUAAUCUCAGAUGUCUGCAGAUUCUGGUUUAGUUCCAAUCCGGAGAGUUGGCGUGCUGGUCCACGCGCGAGCGAAUAUAACAGCCACCUCUCGCUCGGCUCGCCCAUCUCCCCCGUAGACACGCCAUUGCUGUAUCGAAGCAGCUUCACAACACACAAUGGUCUCCUUUGAACAUAUCGAGACGGCGGUGGAUAUGCCGCACGCAGUCGACUACUACUACCAGCCUACACAAGACGAGGAAGAAGCGGAAUUCGAGCGCAUGUGGAACGCGAAAAACCAGCGCGUGGUCAACUUCAUCACCGCGCUGCCCCCGCCCGCGAUCCCCGCCAGCCCCGACGGCGACCGCUACAACAGGUUCGAGGACGGUCGCGAGUUGGAUCUCUCAGACGACUGCUUCAAAGGCGAGGACGCGGACUCCGCGAUUGACCUUGUGCGGACUGCCUCGGCGGGAGGCACGCAGCUGUUCCCUGUGCUGCGGCAGAAUGGAAUGCAAGGUGACAACGCUGAUGCUGCUGCCUACCCACGCCGCCCCCGUCAAUGGCAAGAUGGUGAUAAUACAAAAGAAUUCCGCCGUCGGGCUCUCUAUCUCGAAGACAGCAGUUUCCUCUUCUCCGCCACAAACAGACCAGCUCCUCCUCCUCCUCCUCAAGACCAGCACAAACGCCAGGUUCGUCACAUUCCUUUGCGCCAAGCGGUACGACGAGUCGACGAAGUUCCUGCGCGCCGCCGGCUCCGACCCAGCGAACUUUCUGGCACCCAGCAACAACGCGUUAUUCACAAGUCCAUGAGCUACGACGUGAUCCCACAAGCAGACCGCGCAAGGCUUUCAACAAACAGUCAAGAGGAAUCCGCACCCACUGCCCAACGGAGAUGCUUCAGUAGCGGUGAAGCCCACGCGAUGACAACGACUUUGAACACGACAGACAACGAACUUAACGCGUCGGCAAAACCAAUAUCGCAGUUCAACGGACUUCAAAUCAUGAUUUUGUCAGAGGACAAGUCCGAUCGCGCUCCUCAGAUCGGAGUAGCUAUCGGCGGCGAAGGCAACCAGGUCUUCAUCCCCGAGCCUGGUCCCAUCCCUACCUUGAACUCCAAAACGAAGAAGAACAAGCCAAUGACCACCACAGGGAUCACGGUCCGCCGGUGUUCAGAGGCUUCACUGUUCGAGCCAGAUUAUGAGCUCCUCGGCAUUCCGCCGCCCGAGUCACGAUUUCAUGAUGUCUGGAUGAAACCGGUCUAUUAUUCACCUUCGAGUGCACGCGCGAGCGACAGUCUUAAGAACACGACCGACUCAGCAUCGACGUCGUCGUCAGUGUCUGCGGGUGUGACUACGGUGUCGAGCAAAGGCUCGUCUGGAAAGAGUGCGAAGAACACAAAGAUGCAACCUGCUGUAAUGCCUGAGCUGCGCAAAAAGUUCAGUUUCCAUGAUCUUAGUUUGAAGAGUAGGAGGAAGGCCGAGGUAUCUGAUGCAAAGAACGAACAUGACACAUCAGAUGGAAAGAAAGAGCACAAUGGAAAGAAAGAGCACGAUACAGCAACCGCAAAGAAAGCAGUCAAGGCAUCAGAUGAAAAGAAAGAGCAAGAGACAGCAGCCGCUAAGAAAGCAGGCAAGGCUCUAGACAAGAAGAAAAGCCUGGAAAGCAUGACAUUUUCAAUUCCUACGAUCCCAGUGCCAAAAAUGCCGAAAGUGCCCAAGAGAACCACAAGCAAUGAGAAACUGAAAGAGCGACGGCGGACGGUCGAGAAGAAGGCCUCGCUGCUGUCGUUGGUGUCUAGUCGAUCGGGCAAGGGGCAUUCAGAGGAGAAGAAAGCAUCAUCGCAACAACAGCAACAGAAGAAGAACAAGAAAGAAAAGCAGAGGAAACAGAGCGACGUGUUUUUUCUCGACAGUAUCCAGGAUAUCCGCGAGCUCGACAACGAGGCCAUCGCACGACAAUACGAGGUCUAUCUCAACGGGAAGAAGAGCGCCGACAACGCAGACACAACCACCGGCAACGUCCACAGCACGAAGCGAAUGAGCCGGAACCUGGAGGAGUUCCACGCGGGCCUGGCUAAAGACGGGAUAGUCAGCGCAUCCGCCGGACGAUGCUGCAGUCGCGAGUGGUGCAUGUGUCGGACCGAGGAGGAGACGUGAAACAGGUUUGGAAUUUAAUAAACAAAAAUUCGAAACGCCAACGCGUCUGAGCCGCAC